AUGAAGCUUCAAACCGCUCUCGCCCUCCUCUUUGCCUCCGUGGCCAUUGCAGUUCCAGGCCAAGGCCAAGCGGGUAGCAAUGUGCUUGCCCGCAACCCUCAGAGGGGCCCUGUGCGCCCAUCUGGAAACUGCUGCUCGUACAUCCCCGGCACAUGCAAUUGCGGUUGCGGUCCUUGCGCCACCAACGACGAUCCUAAUGCUACCUGCCCUUAG